GAGGCCGAGUAAAGCCAUGAUAAAUAAAUAAGUGAAGUACAUCGCCCCUCGCAUCCAGCAUCCGCCACCAUACCCCCCCAAGCAGCGCACUCCGCGCUCAAAGCCCUUCGCACCAGAUCCUUUCUGUCCCGGACACCCCUCCCCCGCUCUCAACGCCACAUCCACUCCACCAUUCCCUCCAAGAUGCCAUUCCACGCAGAACCCCUCCAGCCCUCAGAGGAAAUCGACAUGGACCUCGAGCACUCCCUGGCCGCCCAGAAAUUCAAGGAGGUCAGGGCCGUGCUCGAAGGCAACAGGUGGUGGGCCAGGCGAGUCCACGCGGAAGAGCCCCAGUUCUGUGAGGAGCAAGUCAAGGGUCAGGCCCCCAACUUUCUCUGGAUUGGCUGUGCCGACUCUCGAGUGCCCGAGGUCACGGUGAUGGCCCGCAAGCCCGGAGAGGUCUUUGUCCAGCGGAACGUCGCCAACCAGUUCAAGCCCGAGGACGACUCUUCCCAGGCUCUGCUCAACUACGCCAUCAUGAACGUCGGCGUAACCCACGUCAUGGUCGUCGGCCACACUGGUUGCGGUGGUUGCAUCGCCGCAUUCGACCAGCCUGCCCCCAGAACUGAGGACGGCGCUGAUGCUGCUGGUACUCCCCUCGUGCGAUACCUCGACCCCAUCAUCCGGUUGAGGCACUCUUUGCCUGAGGGCAGCGACGUGAACGACUUGAUCAGGGAGAAUGUCAAGAUGAGCGUCAAGAAUGUUAUCGACAGUCCGGUAAGUCACAACGGGAUACGUAAAGGUUGUGGGUUGACAGGAAGCAUAGACCAUCCAAGAAGCUUGGGCCCAGAACAGGAAGGGAGAGUUCCGCCCAGUUUACGUCCACGGUUGGUUGUAUGACCUUUCCACCGGCUACAUUAUCGACCUCAACGUCACCGAGGGCCCCGAACCCAUUGUCGACCACCGAAUCACCCCAGAGACCUCUCCCGUUGCUAACGGCGCCAAACCCACUCCCGCUGAAGAGUCUGAAGCGUUCCGAGCCACCCCCAUCCUUGCUUAAAUCGUGUUUUCAUUAGAGAUUUGUUGUGUAUAGAAGGUUCGGACAUGAGGAUUGCGAAUGUAAAAUUAGAGCAGGUAGCGGCACCCGUCACAUGCUUGCACAUGCGGUGUAUGUGUCGUGGCCGAGGACAUCCAGUGUAUGCAAUUAUGCGCCACACCCGUGAACCGUGACUGCAUUGUGACCCAUCCAUCGCCACUCACAUUAAAUCGGGAUCGUUC